ACUCCACCCCUCAGUCUCCAACACACACAAACACAAUUUCCCAGUGAGGUAAACCCCCAGAAUUUCCCCCAUAUGCGCUGUCAUAGCCCUCCCACUCCUGCAAUGUGUGUGUGUGUGUGUGUGUGUGUGUCAACACUUUUCUCUGACAUUCCUGCACAGAGCGGAGAGGCAGCGAGCUCGACUGCAGAGAGACAAAAUUACAAAUCUCACUUCAUUAGGAAAAGUUUGACUUUUCUCAGAAGAAGAAGAGAAACAUAGUUCUUUUCCUUGUUGCAACUCGUCUCUUCAUCCAUCACAUCUCAUUGGGAUCUUUUCUGACUUGGGAAUUCCAAUUUUGGGAAAUCUGCCUUCAAGUGGGAAGUCUUUAAUUUUUUAAAAGGGAUUUCUAGGAAAGCAUCCUCUUGUAUUCAGUCACAGUUUCCUCCUGUUCCUCCCUUCUCCAUCUCCACCUCCCUGGAGACAGACUCCAAACUUCAGACUGCGGAGUUUGGGAAUACUUUUGGAGAGACAAAGGACAAGAGCAUAGUGUUGCAACAGCAUUCAAAGAGACCCUGGCUCCUGUAAAGAUGGCUGACGUGGUGCAGCCAGAACCCAACAGCCUGCAGAUACCCGGUGAUACUUUAUCAGCUCCUUCAUCGCCUGCCACAGCUAGAAAUGACUGCAGCAUCGCACCCCUCACACCCUCACCCUCGCCGAGGGUGGAAGUCAGACCCAGGAUGUCCUGCCCGUUCUCGGUUGUCGUGGCAAUAGACUUUGGGACGACCUCCAGCGGCUAUGCAUUUAGCUUUACACAGGACUCAGAAGCCAUCCACAUGAUGAAGCGCUGGGAGGGCGGCGACCCCGGGGUGGCCAAUCAGAAGAGCCCGACGUGUCUGCUGCUGACUCCUGAGUUGCGGUUCCACAGUUUUGGGUUUGCAGCCCGGGACUUCUACCACGACCUGGACCCAGAGGAGGCCCGGCACUGGCUCUACUUCGAUAAGUUCAAGAUGAAGAUCCACAGCACAAGUGACCUCACCAUGGAGACGGAGCUGGACGCCGUCAACGGUCGGAGGGUCAGGGCCAUCGAGGUGUUUGCUCACGCCCUGCGCUUCUUCAGGGAACAUGCUCUAAAGGAAGUGAAGGACCAGUCGUCAUCAGUGCUGGAGGGAGAGGCGAUCAGAUGGGUAAUCACUGUCCCCGCUGUGUGGAAACAACCUGCUAAACAAUUCAUGAGAGAGGCUGCAUACCUGGCUGGUCUUGUGUCUCCUGACUGUCCUGAGCAGCUCCUCAUCGCUCUGGAACCCGAAGCUGCGUCCAUUUACUGCCGUAAGCUCCGUCUCCACCAGGUGAUUGACCUGAGUUUGCAGCCAAUCACAAAUGGCUUUGAUUUGGAAGGAUCCCGACCCUUUGACUCCAGCUUCAGACAAGCGAGGGAGCAGUUGAGGCGAUCCAGACACAGCAGGACCUUCCUGGUGGAGAGUGGAACCGGAGAGCUGUGGUCAGAGCUCCAGACUGGUGACAGGUACAUUGUUGCAGACUGCGGAGGAGGAACAGUUGACCUGACAGUCCAUCAGAUAGAGCAGCCACAAGGAACACUUAAAGAGCUCUACAAGGCUUCAGGCGGUCCGCACGGUGCCGUCGGAGUUGACCUGGCCUUCGAAGCCAUGCUGUGCCAGAUCUUUGGCGAGGACUUCAUCCAGAGCUUUAAAGCCAAGCGGCCGGCGGCCUGGGUGGACCUCACUAUCGCGUUCGAAGCGAGGAAACGGACGGCGGCGCCGGGCAGGGCCAACGCCCUCAACAUCUCCCUGCCCUUCUCUUUCAUCGACUACUACAAGAGACACAGGGGGCAGAGUGUGGAGGCCGCCCUGAGGAAGAGCAAUAUGAACAUAGUGAAGUGGUCCUCCCAGGGGAUGCUGCGGCUGACACAGGAAGCCAUGAACGAACUCUUCCAGCCCACCAUCGUCAAUAUUGUCAAACACAUUGAGGAGCUGAUGGCAAAGCCGGAGGUUCACGGUGUGCGUUUCCUCUUCCUGGUUGGUGGUUUUGCCGAGUCGCCUAUGCUGCAGAAAGCAGUCCAGAGAGCACUGGGGCGGACGUGUCGCAUCAUCAUCCCCCAUGAUGUUGGACUGACCAUACUGAAGGGUGCCGUGCUCUUCGGGCUGGAUCCCACUGUGGUCAGAGUGCGUCGAUGCCCCCUGAUCUAUGGCGUUGGCGUAUUGAACCGGUUCGUGGAGGGACGCCACCCACGGGACAAACUCCUCAUCAAGGAUGGUCGCCAGUGGUGCACCGAUAUCCUGGACCGCUUCGUCUGCGUCGACCAGUCGGUGGCUCUGGGCGAAGUCGUGAGGCGGAGCUACACGCCUGCUCGUCUGGGCCAGCGGAAGAUCAUCAUCAACAUCUACUGCAGCGCCACAGACGACAUCACGUACAUCACCGACCCUGGAGUCAGGAAGUGCGGGACGAUAACAUUAGACCUACCGGAACCACUACCGGGAGCAGUGGGCGGAGCUGGAGGAGGAGCCGGAGGCCCAGAGAGAAGAGAGAUCAGAGCCACCAUGCAGUUUGGAGACACGGAGAUCAAAGUCACAGCCGUUGACGUCAUGUCUAACCGCUCCGUGCGGGCUUCCAUAGACUUCCUGUCUAAUUGAGGAGGAGCAGGAAGUGGAGACGAGGAUUAGAAAACAGAAAAAAAACUGAUUCUAGGGACGAUAAUAUAAAAAAGCGGUACUUUGGGAGUGGGCGACAUGGUUUUUUUUGGACUUUGCAUUCCAAGAAGAAACUUACAUCCUGUAAUUCAGACAUUUAGGCUUUAUAUUUACUACUUAGAAAAAGGAUAAGGAGAGGAACUUUUUUAAAACUCUCCAGCCUUCAUAAGUACAUACUCCUCAAAAAAA